AUGUCCUCCGCGCCGCUGCGCUCGCCCGCCCUGCGGCCCCACAGAAUGAAGAAGGACGAGUCGUUCCUGGGCAAGCUGGGCGGCACGCUGGCGAGGAAGAAGAAGGCCAAGGAGGUGAGUGACCUCCAGGAAGAAGGGAAGAAUGCCAUCAACUUGCCCAUGUGCCCCGCCCCCGUGGAGGUCCACCCCGAAGACUCCCUGCUCGAGGAGAACGAGGAACGCACGGUGAUCGACCCCACCUCUAGGGACGACCCCAGAUUCAAGGAGCUGGUCAAGGUCCUCAUCGACUGGAUCAACGACGUGCUGGUGGAGGAGAGGAUCAUCGUGAAGCAGCUGGAGGAGGACCUGUAUGAUGGGCAGGUGCUGCAGAAGCUGCUGGAAAAGCUGGCAGACUGCAAGCUGAACGUGGCCGAGGUGACCCAGUCGGAAAUCGGACAGAAGCAGAAGCUGCAGACAGUGCUAGAGGCGGUGCGGGAGCUGCUGCGGCCCCACAGCCGGCCGCUCCAGUGGAGCGUGGACUCGAUCCACGGGAAGAAUCUAGUGGCUAUCCUCCACCUCCUCGUGGCCUUGGCCAUGCACUUCCGGGCCCCGAUUCACCUCCCGGAACACGUCUCCGUGCAAGUGGUGGUCGUGCGGAAACGGGAAGGCCUGCUGCACUCCAGCCACGUCACCGAGGAGCUGACGACGACCACCGAGAUGAUGAUGGGGCGCUUUGAGCGGGACGCCUUCGACACGCUCUUCGACCACGCCCCCGACAAGCUCAGUGUCGUGAAGAAGUCUCUCAUCACGUUUGUGAACAAGCACCUGAACAAGCUGAAUCUGGAGGUGACGGAACUAGAGACCCAGUUUGCAGACGGCGUGUACCUGGUGCUGCUCAUGGGGCUCCUGGAAGAUUACUUCGUACCCCUGCACAACUUCUACCUGACCCCUGACAGCUUUGACCAGAAGGUCCACAACGUGUCGUUUGCCUUUGAGCUGAUGCUGGACGGAGGCCUUAAGAAGCCCAAGGCUCGCCCUGAAGAUGUGGUAAACCUGGACCUCAAAUCCACCCUGCGGGUUCUUUACAACCUGUUCACCAAGUACAAGCACCUGGAGUGA